UUCUACAGUCCUACCUGUGAAACUUACGGCUCAGCCUCAGACAGGAAGGAAGAGAUCAUUCUCUGCGUUAAACUUCUGUGGAUUAUUGCAGAUCAGCUUUCAGUCAUUGUUCUGCUUUUCUCACCAUCUCCACACUUCACAUUCUGUAAUGCUGCAGCUCAACGCCACUGUUUCCAACUGCACCUCCUGGAUCCAUGGAGCUUCUUCUCAAACUGUGGCUCCCAGUGUGGUUCUGGGUCUCUGCUUCCUUAUCGGUGUCCCGGGAAACAUCACGGUGAUCGUGGUGAUACUUCGCAACUUCAAGAAGGAAAUCUUUACCGUGAGGCUGAUGCUGAACCUGGCCGUGUCUGACUUCCUCUGCCUCGUCAGUCUCCCAGUGUGGGUAUACGCUCUUAUAUAUGGGUGGACUCUUGGUAUUGAACUCUGUAAGUUUUUCUCCUAUUUUGUCUACUGCAGUCAGUUUGUUAGUGUGUGGACAAUCACCCUGAUGAGCGUACAGCGUUAUAUACAGAUUCUAUACUCCAAGGACAGAAUCUGGCUGAGACUGCGUGGGACUGUGGAGAGGGUGCUGCUGGUCAGUCUGUGGACCAUGGCCGGGACCCUUGCCUCUCCUGUCGUCUUCUACAGUGACGCCGUGUGCCGGAGAGAUCGGCUGAGGUGCCAGAAAACAACCAGCUCGGACGCGGAGAAAGUGGUGGUUCUUCUGCUGGAGACCCUCUUCGGCUUUCUCGUCCCCUUCUUCAUCAUCGUCGUAUUUUACGUCCGUCUUCACAAGAAGUUAAAUCAGCAUCCUUUAUUUCGCAAUGAAAGGACCACUAAGCUUGUUUCCAGGAUUAUCGCGGCAUUCUUCAUCUUCUGGAUCCCUUUGCAUGUCAUCAAUAUGGUGGACAUUACGUCAGUUUUACUCAGAACAUCUAACCCAGGCGCAUUUAAUAGCCUAAAGAUAUUCAGAAGGAUAAGCGGGGACUUCUCGAAAGCUCUUAUAUUCAUCAACUGCUGCGUCAACCCCUUCUUGUACACCUUUGCUUCCCGAAAUCUUCGCCGAGAUUCCGGUCAGUCUGAGUCGGCGUAGAACGACUGCAUCUGAAAUUGUGCAAAAUUUUACAUGAUCUCUUACCGUAAAUGUUUAUUGCUUUUAUUCAUUUUUUUAUGGCUCAUGAAGCCAAUUCUGUCAUGAUUAAAUACCAUGCUACCGCAAGGACUAAUCCUGAUUACCUUUGCAUUUCAAUUCAUUAAAAAUGUAUGUUUAAGAUGUAUUUUCCAUCAAGGACAUUUUAGUCUUCUCUUCUUUCACAUUGUUCGUUACCUAUUGCUACCACUCGUGUGAUUUACUCUUCACUCCCAUUUUGUUUUUUUACAUCAUGAAACUGAUUUGAGGAAAUGGGAAGAAUUUUUAAAAUACUUCAAGUAAAGAAAUACUUCAGACUCCUGUUUGAUGUCCCCCAGAAGCUCACGGUAGACUCUGAGCACAGUCUUUAAUAAACUGAUAUGUGUAA